UGCCCACUAGGCCACCACGACUUAAAGGCUACAAAAAACGAAAGACAAAAGACGAAAGGGCUAAAAAAAGUAUGGAGACAUAUAAAUAGUAGUGCUAACUUUGCAAAGAUCAAUCAGGCAAUCUAUCCAGCUAGUAACUAGAUCGGCUAAUAUAUUUGAAUUGAUAACAAAAAUAAACUGUCAGCCAAACAUCGAACCACCGACAGUUGUUAGUCAUCCUAUGAAAAAAAUAUUCCUUAUUAUGAUGCCUAACAUUUUUAUUCUACCGGCUAUUAAAUAACUGGUAAUAAAUCAAAAUCAAUAUUGAAAUCCGUACUAUCAAUCUCUGAUUCCCGCCCCACUUUUAUUUCAAUUUAAAGUCAAUAUUUCAAAGUAAAUGAGUCGGAAAACGGGACGCUCGAGCGCUCUCUAGAUUGAUAUGAUGCUUUCCCUCUUGAAAAGCCGCUUGAGAAGCCUCUUGUAUCAUGUGAAUGUGGCCUAUAAAUACUGUAGAAUGCUAGCCUAGCUCGUAUUGAAAGCCUAGCAAUUUCUUAAGAGGUCGAGAUGUUUCAGAGAGCCGUGUGACCUAAAAGAUCGCGUUCGUUUGCUCAACUUUGAAGUUAUGGCAGUUUUGAAUGCAUCUUUUUGCAAGACGAAGAGUUUUUGAUAGUGCUUACGGAGUCUGCAUUUUGUAUGGUUUACCUUCAGUUUUUUAGGUCCUCCUGAAGUAGUACAAUUAACUACAUGGAUCCAGAAAUCUGUCUUGUUAUUGAGACCUUCAGAUGGGUUCCUAAACGUUUCUUCAUUAACUAAUAAUGAUCAUUGAACAAAACAUUCACCACCAAACGUAAUUCCAGAGUAAAUAGGUUACCUCUAAGCAAGCGUGCUCCACCUUCAACUAGUGUGCGACUGAAGUACAAUGCAAGGAUGGCCACCUUUGUCCAGCCCACUGGAUGUGCUGCGAGCUCGGCUGCUGCGACACGUCCGCGCAACCGACACGCCGCAUCAACGCCACGCUCGGGUCACGGCGGGAGCUGGACGAGACUCCGCUCAAGGAACAUAGCUAUACCUAUGCUUGGUAUGCCCAGUGGCCAGUACUCUUCCUCCUGGGCACUCUCGGCGGUAUUUUGAUUUGCUGCAUCUGGUGCCUGUUCUUCAAGAGGUCGUCUUCCCAUGGGGUCUACAUGUGUUCCAUGGCGUGCUGCGUGAGACGACCGACCUCGGAGCACGACUCCGCAGGGUCGGUGUACCCUCCACCACGAUACAGUCGCUGCGGGUCCUUCCAUCAAGCUCCACCACCAUAUUCUGAAGUAGCAUCAAAACCGGAUCUGUACCCGCUGGUGAUCACAUGCGGAGAAGGAGAUGGGAAGGCCGGCAACUAUCUGAUGGUCCAUUACUUCAGGAAUUACGUGAUUCGCGCUCCAGGCUCUUUAUCAGCGACGAGUACUGCAGAAUCUCUCAACUCCAGUUUCAUAUGCAACGCGGCGAAUGAGGCAAAUUCAAUCAUUCCACCGCCGUACUCGUGCGCGAGCAACUACGAGGAGUGCGGCGUGGGGUGCGGGCCGCUGCUACGCUCCCUGUCCUCUCUGACGGAGCCCCGCGCGGCUCCUGCCCGCCCCGACCCCGCGCCCUCCCGGCCCCGGGACCCGCCUGCCGCCUUCCGGGAUAACCUUAUCACUUCACCUGUACAGCCCUUGGACUCUAAUUUCGACUUAGAACUGGAGCUUAUUGAUUGCGAGAUGUACUGCGAUGGAGGCUGCAAGCCUCGGCUGGGUUCCUCCCCUCCGAUACACCAGUCGCUCGACGAAGAUGACGACAACAAUAUGUACAUGCACGAGGCCUACGGCAGUCUCCGGCAGUACUACACUGGGAAGCCAGACCCUCCAGAAUCGCCGCCGCAGCCGACCAGCCCCACACAGACGUCCAGAGACUCCACCCUGAGGAGACCAAGUGAUGACAGACGUCACAGACGCCUUGAGAGCGUAAAAAAAACGCCAAGGCAACGAAAAACGAGCUUAUACAUGCCAUUAUCGGUAGCUUAUCCCGUAAGGACAUCGAGAAUCUCACCCGGUACUAGGGCCUCGUCCCGAUCCGCUCCAGCCACGCCAUGCAGCUCACUUGUGCCCAAUUUACUCACGUUCUCCCAAAGAGUGUCAGCUUCACGACAUGGAUCAAGAUCGUCAAAGUUCGAGGAGGAAUCUGACCCCCUUCUCGCAGACUUGGAAAACACACGCACUGAUCACAAAUUUUAAAUACCACACGACGCUAACGAAUGCUUUUAUUUUAACAGAUUAUGCUCUGAUGAAACCCUUGAAUGUGAUCCCAUCGAUGUUAAUAUAUGCAUGUACUUAAUAGUUUGUAAGAUUUUAAUAUUUGUGUAUAAUUUGCAAACGGCCUAAACAGCGAACCCCGCCCGACCGAAGCAGACGUGUGACAACAACACAUUCAAUUCUCAAUGUUGUGACUGUUUUAACUGUGCUCAUUAUAUCCUAGAGCCUAUGCAAUUAUGUAGUUAGUUUAAUGUUAAUUAUUCAAUUAUAAUAUCGCGGAUAAGAAAAGAGCUUGUUGGACCAUUGUUCACUUGCCUUCUAAUAAGAUGUAAUUAUGAAAAUAA